AAAAUAAAUAAAAAUAUUCCGGUUCACGACUUUUUUCAUGUGUCACCGAUGCAAAGAUAAUCUGUGGACAUUCUUCAAGCAAUGCAGUGUCGAAGCUUCUUACGGCCAAGUCUGCAGACAAUCAUCAGCUCAUGCUCUUUGCGCUGGUUCGGUGAUCUGAAAUGCUCUUCAAAACUGCUGAGUGUGGAAAGAUGUAGCUUGUUGAAUUUGAGAAAUGAAAAAGUGGUUCCAUGUUUGUUCUGCGCAUUCUUGCAGCAGCAAAGAUUGUUCCACGUGUCGACCUCACUAGCUGCCAAGAAAAAAGAGAAGAAGCGAAAGCCAAUCAAUAUCAGGAAGAAGGGUAGGCACAAGGCUGCAACUGGCGAAGUCCUCAACAUCCGACCCAACAUGACCAUUCAACAAGUAGCUGAUCUUAUGAGUAGAGAUACAGAUGAUGUGUUUGAAGCCCUUUUCUUCAUUCCGAACACUAAUCAAUAUGACAGACCUGACACUGUGAUUGACAAAAUUGAUGUGAUUAAAGAAAUAUUGAAAAAAUGUGGUUAUCGAAACCAGAUCAAGAUUCCUAAGUCUGUGAUUAUCGAGGAGAACUUAGAUGCUGUACGACAGCCUCCACCAGCAGAUGAUGUGCUAGUGAGUCGUCCUCCGGUUGUGACAAUCAUGGGCCAUGUAGAUCAUGGGAAGACAACAUUAUUAGAUGCCCUGAGGAAGACCAAUGUAGUGGAUCAAGAGUUCGGCGGUAUCACACAGCAUAUUGGAGCAUUUUCGGUUGUGCUCCCAAACAACAAGGAAAAGAUCACCUUCCUGGAUACGCCUGGUCACGCGGCAUUUUCUGCAAUGAGGGCAAGGGGUGCUUAUGCGACAGAUAUCGUUGUUCUAGUCAUAGCCGUUGACGAUGGCGUGAUGGCCCAGAGUAUUGAAUCGAUACAACAUGCAAAAGAUUCAGGAGUUCCAGUGAUUGUUGCUUUGAACAAGAUCGAUAAAGCGGGACAGAAUGUGGAAGAAGCGAAGAAGCAGCUGAUGGAACAUGGCAUUCAGCUUGAAGACUUUGGUGGUGACGUCCAGGCGGUCCCUGUAUCAGCUUUGAAGGGCACAAAUCUAGUUGAACUACAAGAGGCAAUUGUGACGCUAGCUGAACUGUCAGACCUGAAGGCUGAUCCAACUGGUCUUGUUGAGGGGUUGGUCAUCGAGUCAAAGACAGAUCCAGGAAGAGGAAAAUUGGCCACUGUACUAAUCCAGCGAGGGGUCCUCAGGAAGGGUGACUAUUUGGUCACUGGUACAGCAUGGGCGAAGGUGCGAGGCAUGUUCAAUGAUAGCGGCAAACCAAUCCAGGAGGCGCCACCAUCGACGCCCGUGGAAAUUAUAGGCUGGAGGGAGCAGCCGUCUGCUGGAGAUGAGAUUCUUCAGGUUGAAACAGAGCAAAGAGCGCGAGAAAUUGUGAAGUGGCGUCAAGACAAGCUGAUGGAUAAGAAAAUGGAUGAAGCACAGGUGGUCAUCGAUCAGAAUCGGGAACAACACCAGGCGGUCUAUCAAGACCAGAGAAAGGCAAGACUACAGGCUGGCUUGUUUAGGAAAAGGAGACGAGAAUAUGCUAAGACAAAAGAGGAAGUCAAUACAAAAGAGGGACCUGAGCUUGCCAUGGUUUUAAAAGGUGAUGUGGAUGGAUCGGUAGAGGCCAUCUUGGAUACCCUUGACUCUUAUCAAUCAUCCAAAUGCCGCCUAGAUAUAAUUAGUUAUGGAGUUGGGAAUGUAACAGAAAAUGAUAUUGACUUGGCCGCAUCAUUUAAUGGUAUUGUGUAUGGUUUCAAUGUUAAAGUACCAGAGGUAGUGAAGAAGAUUGCGGCAUCCAAGUCAGUUCCAGUAAAGUGUCAUAAUGUGAUCUACAGGCUGUUUGAUGACUUGCGGACUAGUCUGACAGGGAGACUGCCACUACAAAAAGUUGAUGAAGUUCUUGGUGAGGCUGAUGUUAAACAGAUAUUUGAAGUGAAAGACGGGAAGAAGAAAGUACUAGUCGGUGGUUGUCGCUGUACAAAGGGUGUCCUCCAGCGAAAGGAGAAAUUCAAAGUUGUUCGAAAUGGAGAGGUGGUGCAUGAAGGGUCAUUACUGUCUCUGAAGCAUUUCAAGAAUGAGGUGGAUUCCAUCAAGCUCGACGUGGAAUGUGGACUAAGUUUUAGCGAUAAAUCGAUUGCGAUUCAACCUGGAGAUACUAUAGUGUGUUACACGAUAAAAGAAGUUGAACAGACAAUUGAUUGGGAUUUAGACUUUUGAUGACAUUUUUAUUUAGGGUUUUAUCGGAUAGUUUGUCGAAGGAUAUGCAUUCAAACACAUUUGUAAUAGUCACUUUUAAGGGCAGACGGAUAUCAUACGAGGGCUGUCGUUUUGCUGGUUCUACUUUGCCAUGGUUUACAGUCUGUAUUAAAG